AUGCCUGAUAUAUCUGAUGCAAGAUAUACUAGUAAUGGCAUUGAACAGCAAGGAUUUGUUCAGCAAUCUGAUAUCUUUAUGGAUUCAUGUGUUGUUGAGAUUCCUGACUCAUAUACUCUAAUGGAUCAACUUCACAAUAUUACUCCUUUUGAUAGAUUGCAUAGAGUAUUUGGUGAUGGUUAUAGUUUUAAAUACAUAAGAUGCAGCACAAGUGUGACAAAUGGUAAUGUCUCUGUGUAUAAAGUAUCUGCUCCAAAUGUUGCAAUAGCUGAUCCUGCACUAACUGAUAUCUUUCUUAGGAUGCAUCAAGAACAUGUAUUUCUUCAAAACUAUGAUAUUACUAUGGAUUGUCUAAAUAUUUCUUCUAGAGCUAUUGUUAAGGAAUUUCUUCUUGAUAAUGGAAUCAGUAGCAAAGAUAUUCUUGAUGAUGAAAAUAAAGUUGGAGCAAACUGUAUUAGCUGGUUUACUGAAGAAGAUGAGAUAAGAAUAAGGAACAAGUUGUAUAAUAAAUUUGUUCAACUCUUAGAAAGUGGUGAAGUUCGCAAUCAACUUACUUCUAAGCUAUCAGAGCUAGUGAUGCCAACUUCUCAACAGUUUGGUGAAACACUUGUUGCUUGUAGGAAUGAAGGAUUAAUGAGACUUGAGCUUACUGUUCACUCUCCUGAGUUGAAGGAAGUAGAAUGGAACACAAACUUAAUUGUCAAUACUCUUGAGUUUCUUCAUAACUGCAGGACAUUUGCAACAUCUUAUGAAAAGCAAUGGAUGGCACUAGUUGAUCAGAUUCAUAACAAACAUACAUUGUGUAUUUACUUCCAUAAAGAACAUUCUCUUGGUUACUGCCAUUGGUUCAAUAAAACAACUAAGGAGAUCAGUCAGAAAUGGUUAGCUAUUUAA